AUGAGGAGUAUUGCACCUUUCCUUGUGGAUGACUAUGUUGCCACAGCCCUUGCUUUGGAAGCACUUGCAUUGCAGAGAUCGCUCAUAUUGGCAACUGAUCAGCUGGAUUUUGCCUUUCAAAAGGUGUUGUGGGAUACUCAAGGCUGUGGGAUUCUCAAGGGUACUCUCAUUCAUGCUACUAUCAAGAAACAACAGCUCUCUAAAUUCCAGAGAUUGAUAGUCGCUGGUGAACGGAGAAUCUUUGAGAACUUCAUCUUGACUAAAGCGACCGGUCGCUUUAGAGUUACCAAACAUGCUUACCGAAUGGCUGUGAUGAAUAUUACAUCUAUCAUUCCUUGUGCGUCUCUGUCAGAUGACAUGUACUUGGAUUUGGUGGACUUCGAAAGAAUUCAUAAUGAUGGAACCCUCACUGAAAACAUCUUGAUUGGUGAAAGAUCAAUAUCCAAUGCUUUUGAAAUGUCAUUGCUGCAAAUAGAUCCUGACUUGCCAGCCGUUUUAGACUUUGUUGGCAAUCUCCCCAAAGAUGGCCUCGCUUUGACGGUUAAAGCAAGAGUUCCUAAGGUGGAUAAAAGUAAGCAAAAAGCUGAGGAAAAUCGUCGUCACCCGAUCCAAACCAUAGCUAAUCUCUUAAAUUAUUAUGAGGAAGGAAAAUUUAGGGUCGUGGCGACAAUCUAUGCAAUUGAUAUCGAGUUUGCUUGGUAUUACUUUGUCUGCUUGAAGUGCAACAAAACAGCCUACAAAGUCCCUAAAGUUGAGAAUGAUGUUGUAAAGAAAAACAAAAAAACGUUUUUCUCAUGCAGAGGAUGUCCUGAAAUCCAUACGAAGGUUGAACCAAGGUAUAAGUUGAUAGUUUGUGUCAUGGAUUCUACUGGUCAAUCUAAAUUUGUGCUAUUCGAGACCGAUGCAACAAGUCUUACCCACCAAUCUUCUAUUCAGAUGCUCGAUGGUAAUUACGAUGAGAUACAAGACCCAACGAAAAUCCCUCAACCAUUUCUGAACUUGGUUGGGAAGACCUUCCAGUUUGUAGUUAGUGUUGAAAAAGAUAACAUCAGAGAUGGGAGUGAUACUUACAAGGUUGCUCACGUUUUCCUGGGGCUGGAUGAUGAGAUCAAUAAUGUUGAAGAACCAUCGUUUGGGUCUUACGAUUUAGCAAGUAUUGUGAGUGGAGAUCAGGAGACAGUUAUGUUAGCUGACUCUCUUAAUAACAAUGACGCAUCUGCUUCGGAUUCAACUACUCCAUCUUCCAAACGCAAAGAUGAAGCGUUUGAUGGUCCAGACGAUCAAACGUCAUCGUCUAAAAAAGUUUGUGUUGGUUCUAUCACCAACGCUAUUGAGGAAGAAAAUGUUGGGCGCGUCGUGCAAAAUGUGUGA